AUGACGGGUGACGCGCCCUUUGUGAUAACAGCAACAGAUAAGUCCGGAUCAAUUGCGAUUGCAGCCACAUUGUUCAUGUCAUGGAUGGUCAUUGUCUGCUUGAUCCGUCUCUAUAUGAGACUCACCAUGAAUGGGCCGUUGGGAAUGGAUGACUGGGCCGCUUUUUCUGCAGGCGUUAUCGGGAUAUUCCAUGUGGUGAUGAUUAUGAAUGCUCUGUCCCAUGGACUAGGCAGAUCUCAUCGGGAGAGUUCUGACUCCGAACUUCAAAAGGCUGGGAAGGCAUUGUAUACGGCAAAUCUUCUGUUCCUCGCCGGUCAUGGGUUAGCAAAGAUAUCGGUUUGCAGACUUCUACGACGACUCGGUCGAGAAAAGGUCUAUCUGCUUGCUUGCAAAAGCAGUCUUCUCAUUGCGAGUCUUUGGUCCAUCGCUUCUAUUGUGGCGGUAGCCCUGAGCUGCCCCAUCAGAUACCUGUGGUCCGUGGAAACUCAGUGCCAUGAGCUCAAUACCGCUUGGAAAGCAAUUACGGCAUUUGACGUCCUGAUCGAGGCACUCCUCGUUUCUCUUAGUGUGUCCCUCGUAUGGGCACUUCAGAUGCGUCGAGAAGAUAAAAUGACUGUCAUCCUCGCUUUUGGUACUCGAAUGAUGUAUGUCGAAUCUCCCACUGCGCUGAACUCGAAAAUUAACCAGGAUUUUGUAAUUCUCAGAGUGAUCAUUCUGACAAUAGUCCGCCAAUCCUUCCUCAAUACCGGGCUCCGGGAGAAAGACCUCCCCUUGUCUCUGGCCCACACGCUGAUUGCGACGGAGGUUUUGUUGCACUGCAGCAUUAUGCUAGCAACGGUGCCGUGCCUGAAGCCAUUUAUCAUUGCCUUCAAUACGGGCUGGGGCCAAGGAGUCGCAGCGACUCCAGGAACCUCAUACUACAAGCAGACCGAAACAAGUGCAUCGCAAGCGCAUCCAGAAACUCCAAAGAAUGAGGAUGAGCUAGACCUGGCUAUAACCACACAGUCUCUGGAGAGUUAUAACUCACAACAACUGAUCAUCCUUCGAACGCAAGAGUGGAGUCUGAGGGAAGAGUUGGAGAUGCGACCGAUGGGAGGCUGA